AUGCUUUCUAUGGGGCAGCCAUUUUUUCGCUUCCGGAAAGGGAGAAAAAAUCGCAGAUGGAGGAAGACGAACCGCCAACGAACGGCCGAGGGCAACGGCAGCAGCGUUGGCAAAAGAGCUUCGGCCAGCAGAGACCCGCCCCCCUCGGCCGCCGCCAUGCCGGGCUCCGAUUCGCCGGCCUCCGACUCGGCCCCGCCCAGCGAGGAGGCCCCGCCCCCGGCUGCCCCCCAAGUGACCGUCAAGACCGAGACCCCCGACGACUUCGCCUGGCCCCACGGCGGCCCCACGGAGCCCCGCAAAGGGGGCCGUGGGGCAGCCCCAGCCGAGAUCUGCGUCGUCCUGGGCGGGGUCCGCAGCCAGCAGACCCUGGGUAAGCUAGGCUCCUACGAGUGCGGGAUCUGCGGCAAGAAGUACAAGUACUACAACUGCUUCCAGACCCACGUCCGGGCGCACCGAGACACGGAAGUGGCAUCGGGCGAAAGCGCUUCCCAAGGCAACAACUUCCGCUACACCUGCGACAUUUGCGGGAAGAAGUACAAAUACUACAGUUGCUUCCAGGAGCACCGCGAUCUCCACGCGGUCGACGAUCCCUACGACCAGGCCAUGGUCGCCAAAGACGAGGUGAAGGAAGAGGAUCCGGAACCCUUCCAGAAGAUCGGCCCAAAAACCGGCAGCUACACGUGCGAAUUCUGCGGCAAGCAAUACAAGUACUACACUCCCUACCAGGAACACGUCGCUCUGCACGCGCCAAUCAAAUAUUCCCGCUCGCCGCUCCUGGUGGCGGUCAAGACGCACGCCGGGAAGAAGGGGCCGGCGCCCUCGGCGUCAAUCAUCCGUUGCUCCGCCCUCUUGCACCGGGCGCCGUCGGGCGCCUCCCAGCUCCAGAUGUUCCGGGCGCCGAAUUCGGGAUCUCCGGGGAGCAAGGCCACCACAGAGAGCGUCUUCAGCCGGAGGGUUGAGAGCAAGUUGCAGAACAACUACGACGAAACCAACUCCAGCUCCCAGAACUCCAGCGAGCCCUACACUUGCGGCGCCUGCGGGAUCCAGUUCCAGUUCUACAACAACCUGCUGGAGCACAUGCAGUCGCACGCCGCCGACAACGAGAACAGCCUGGCCUCCCCUCCGCCCCGCUCUCCUCCGCCCGCCGCCCCCGAAGAAAAAUGGAAGCCGCCGGCGCCCCAAGAGGCCCAGAACAACGGUGAGUCCCGGGUCCCGGACAAGGAGCGCCAAGCCCUGGCCGAGCGCCUCCUCCGCCUGGCCUGCGCCGAGCCGGCCCUGCUGCCCGCCCUCUCCGGCCCCGACUUCCAGAAGCUGGCGCAGGCCCUGGUCGACAGCGGCGCCCAACACGGCGCCCACCCGGUCGCCAACACCCUGGGCAACCUGGGCGCCUUGGCCCUCCAGCACCUCCCGCGCCUCUACAACCAGGCGAAGGUCAAAGUCACCUGCGCCCUGGGCGCCGCGCGCGGCAUCGGCGUCACCUGCCACGCCCACCCCGGCGGCCAUGUUCUGGCGGCGCACCGCGCCGAAGGCGGGCGCCUGCGCAGCUACGUCCUGGCCGUCCGCCUCGAACCCGGCGCCGGCGCCGAGCCGGUCCACCUGUGGGCGCAGAACGUCCUGUCGGAGUUCGUGGCGCCCGAGACCCGCGCCGCCUUCGUGGGCGACGGCGCCGGGUUCGGGAAGGGCGGGCUCAGCCUGCGCUGCGCCGGCUGCGCCCUCAACGCCGCCGUGGCCGGCGUGCUGAGCCAGAGGGCGCUGCAGGCGCGCGGCAUGCCGGAGGUGGCCGAGCUGUUGGCAACCUGCGUCGACCUGGUGGGGAGCGCCAACGUCCACCGGGCCGGGAGUUAUAGCGUCACCACGCCGCCCUGCUGGCAUUCUCCGGCGGACGCCUUGCUUGCGGCGCACGAGUGGCAGGAGCGUGGCAACCUUGGGAGUCGUAGCGCCGGGGCGGAGGAGCGCCUGAACCGGGCGCUGCUGGGCAACCUGGCGGCGCUGCUGGCGCCCGUCAAGCAGGCGGUGGCCGAACUGGGCGCCGAGGGGCGUCCGACGCUCCAACUGGUGUUGCCAACUUAUGCCCGUUUGGAGAAGCUCUUCACCGCCAAGGCGGGCGACGCCGGGGUCGUCAGCAAGCUCUGCCACCUCUUCCUGGAGGCCCUGAAGGAGAACUUCAAAUUGCACCCGGCCCACAAGGCGGCCAUGUUGCUGGACCCGCGCCAGAAGCUGCGCCCGGCGCCAACUUACCAGCACGACGAGAUCGUCGCCCACGUCUGCCAGCUGAUGGCCGACCAGCCGGAGCUGGAACCCGGCGCCGCCAAGAAGGCGCGGGUGGCGGGAGACGUAGCGCCGCCGGGCGCCGAGGAGGCGGAGGUCUACGCCUAUCUGCAGGAGGCGCCGGCGGCGGCGCCAACUGACCUCCUCCAGUACUGGGCCGGCGCCGCCGCGCACCCGCGUCUGGCCAGGCUGGCGCUGUGGCUGCUGGCGGUGCCGGCCGUCGGCGCCCGGGUCGGGUGCGCCCGCUUGUGCGAAGAGGCGCAGGGGAUGAGGAGGCGGAGGGUGCUGGGGGCGGAGGACGCCAACAAGCUGCUGUUUCUGAGGGCGAAUAUGUUGUGA